GCUUCUGUUAUUACAUAAGGUUGGCCAUUUUAUCUUUCGAAAACACAAGGUUGCUAUUUCCACGAUUAUUUUACUGUUUCCAGGUAGAGACAUUCUGGUUAUAAUUUAUCUGGAAAUAACAAAUUAUCAAUGAGUGUGAGACAGUGAGAGUAAAUGAUACAUAUAUCAGCAAUUUGUGUUACAUAUACAAGCAUUUUGCCUUCAAAAAUCUCUCAAAAAAACCUUUUUUUUUUUUUUAUUUUCUUUGAAAAGUUGCCAUCUUUUUCUCUUAUAAUAAAAACCAAUUUCUUUCAUUUCAACUUUCAUAACCAAAACUCUCUUUCUUCUCUUCAAUGGCUACACUACCAUACCUUCUCAUGGCCAACACUGCUAGUACUAACCAAAAACAAGAACCCACUAAAACCCACAUUCAAGCAGCUCCACCUAAACAAGAAACAUCACUAACUAACCGUGGGAGAAAGCCCAGCAAAGGUCAACCUCGCAAGAAGAUACCACAAAGAGGAAUGGGUGUAGCUCAGCUUGAAAGGCUAAGGCUCCAAGAAAGAUUGAAAAACAUUCAAGAAAACAACAAACUUGAGCCUUUUAACCUUCAACCCGCUCAUCUACCUGUACCCGACCCGAUCCAGAGUUUCCCUGUUCACUACUCAGUUAACUAUGGUGCGCCACCUGUGAUUAAUGGUGGUGGGUUUUUGAGUUAUGAUCAAGGCCUAGUGGUUGAGAAGAUAGAGAAUGGUAAUAGCUCUCAUUUGGGUCAGUUUGUGGUUAAUCCAUAUAUGUUUGGAGCUCCGGUUGGAAAUAGUAGUGCUGGUCCUGUGUUUGAGAACUCUAACGAGCUCUCUUCAAUGCCAAAGAUUGUACAGGAUUUUGAGCAUUCUAGUCCCACCUCUGAAUUUGGCUUCAAGAAGAAGAGAUUCAGCGAAGAGAACAACGGAAGGAGGGAUCAACAGCUUCCAGAGAUAACACCAGCGAAUGUCACUGAAUUUCUAGGAUCAAAUCUUGAGAAUAACAUGGACCUAAAUUAUGAUCCAAGUUGUUACGGUGCUAGAGCUACAAGAACUGCCGUUUAUGCUAAUCAUCAUAAUAUCAGUGAGGGUGCAGAAGUGUUGGCAAUCCGCAGAAAAGGAAACCCAAGUGGUGGAAGUGUGUUUAUGGAGUAUGAUUUUUUCCCAGGAAGAAGCAGUACUGGUAAAAGCAUCAGCACUUGUUUCAAGGAAAUGGAAUUUCCUACCGCAGAAGCUUGUUCAGUUGCAGUAGUGGGGAGUGGUGAAGCUUCUUGUCUUACAACUUCUGAUUAUAGUGGUUAUAAUUAUACUGCAUCUAAUGCUUCUUCUUCUAAUUCUAUUGAUUUGUCCCUCAAGCUUUCUUAUUAGAACAACGAGUUAUGUCUGUUUUGGUUUUGGUGCCUUUAGAUAUCUGUGUGUUUGAUCACAGAUCAUUACACUAUACCCUAUAAAAACUCAAAACUUUUGGCUUCCAUUUUGUUCCUGAACUGAUACACCUACAAAAAUAGUGCAGUUUUAUGCUCUCUCUCUCUCUCUCUCUCUCUCUCUAAGGUUGUCAGUCAGUGCUUUGAUUUUCCCAGCUUUUAUAUAUGUUCUUGCCAUUAUUUCUCUUAUGAUCUACCUUAUUCUUCUAUAUUCUGUUCUGGGUUUGGCCUAUAUUAAUUAAUUGUAACUAGGUUUUUAUUCUUUGUCAAGUGUUCAUAUCUCCCUACAUGGGAGAGUAGCUAGGUACAGAUUUAUAUACAUAGAUAUGAUAUUUAUAUGUAAUCUUUCAGACCCAAAGAGAAAUACAAAAUUUAAUUAAUAGCUAUCUGGGUUUGUGUUGUACUAGUACAACAAACA